AUGCAUUGGCUGCAGAAACUCCAGGGCCUUUGCAAACGAUGGGGCACUCAUAUGUUCAACCAUGCUCUUCAUAUUCAUGCCAGGCAACUGACCCCACUGCAAUGGGGCAACCAGGAACUGCCUGCCAAGUUUAACUUUGCUAGCAAUGUGAUGGAUCACUGGGCUGACAUGGAAAAGGCUGGCCAGCGACCCCCAGGUCCAGCCCUAUGGUGGGUCAGUGGUGAUGGGGAUGAAGUGAAGUGGAACUUCAGGGACCUGAGUGAGCUCAGCCAGCGGGCAGCAAAUGUCCUCUCGGGGCCCAGUGGCCUACAGCGUGGGGAUCGUGUGGCAGUGGUGCUACCCCGAGUGCCUGAGUGGUGGCUGGUGAUCCUGGGCUGCAUUCGAGCAGGCCUCGUCUUCAUGCCCGCGACUAUCCAGAUGACAGCCAAAGACAUUCUCUACAGGCUGCAAGUGUCUAAGGCCAGGGCCAUUGUGGCUGGUGAUGAAGUAGCUGAGGCAGUGGACACAGUGGCACCGGACUGCCCUGCUCUGAAAACUAAGCUAUUGGUGUCUGAGAAAAGGCGGGAUGGGUGGCUGGACUUCAAGACACUAUUGCAAGAGGCAUCCAGUGCUCAUCGCUGUGUGGAGACAGGAAGCCAAGAAGCAGCUGCCAUCUACUUCACCAGUGGGACCAGCGGCUCUCCCAAGAUGGCAGAACACUCCCAUUCAAGCCUGGGCUUCAAGGCCAAGAUAGAUGCUAGCACAUGGAAAGACCUGCAAGUUUCUGAUGUAACAUGGAACGUAACAGACACAGCUUGGAUCGUGAACUUAAUUUGCUCAUUAAUGGAACCUUGGGCAACAGGAGCAUGCAUCUUUAUCCAUCAAUUGCCAAAGUUUGAUCCAGUGGUCAUUCUAAAGGUGCUGUCCAGGUACCCAAUCAACAUCAUGGCAGGAGCUCCCGUCGUUUACCAGAUGUUGCUACAACAGGACCUUUCCAGUUACAAGUUCCCACACCUACAGUACUGCUACAGUGGAGGGGACACUCUUCUUCCAGACACUCUGGAGAAAUGGAGGGCCCAGACGGGACUGGACAUUCGAGAAUUCUAUGGCCAGACAGAAACGGGACUUACUUGCAGAGUUUCCAAGACAAUGAAAAUCAAACCUGGCUACAUGGGAACAACGAUUCCCCAUUAUGAUGUGCAGGUCAUAGAUGAUAAAGGCGAUAUCCUGCCCCCCGGCAUAGAAGGAGACAUAGGCGUCAGAGUCAAACCCAUUAAGCCUAUAGGCAUUUUCUCUGGCUAUGUGGACAACCCCAAGAAGACAGCAGCCAACAUUCGAGGAGAUUUUUGGCUCCUGGGAGACCGGGGAAUCAAGGAUCAAGAUGGCUAUUUCCAGUUCUUGGGGCGGGCAGAUGAUAUCAUUAACUCCAGUGGGUACCGGAUUGGGCCCUCAGAGGUGGAGAAUGCACUGAUGGAGCACCCUGCUGUGGCUGAGACAGCUGUGGUCAGCAGCCCAGAUCCCAUCAGAGGAGAGGUGGUGAAGGCAUUUGUGGUCCUGGCCCCAGAGUUCUUGUCUCGUGACCAGCACCAGCUCACCAAGGAGCUGCAGCAGCACGUGAAGAAAGUGACAGCCCCGUACAAGUACCCGAGGAAGAUGGAAUUUGUCUCAGACCUUCCCAAGACCAUCACAGGAAAAAUCCAGUGGGCAAAGCUUCGAGACAAGGAGUGGAAGAAUUCUGGGCGAGUCCGGACCCAGUGA